AAUUGUUUAGGAAAUUACUCCCACUCCGUACAUUUCGUCGUCUUAGCUAAGGCCAUAAUUUGAUCCGUUUUUGUAAUAUUUUUGUGCAUUUACUUAACAUAUUCGGUAUAAAGACAUUUUCCGAUCAUGGGAAACAAAGGAUUUCCGAUGUAUGAUAUGUUCCUCUUCUUUGUUCCUUUUAUAGUGACAACACCUCUCGUUCACGGAGAUUUGAGCUAUUCUUUUCCAGAAGAGAAUAAACCCGGAUUUAUCAUUGGAAAUGUCGCCAAGGACCUGGGAAUUGAUCUAAUGACACUGUCUGCUCGAAAGGCCCGUGUGGAUGCAGAAGGGAAUCGGAAGCGUUAUUGUGACAUUGAUAUGAAAACCGGGGAUUUAAUUACAUCCGAGCGAAUAGACAGAGAAAGCCUUUGUGGCAAAAAACCCUCAUGUACCGUGAAAAUAGGUCUGGUCUUAGAAAAUCCCUUGGAGCUACAUCGUUUAAAUCUUCACGUACAAGAUGUGAAUGAUAAUUCUCCAAAAUUCAAAAAGAAUGUCAUCGAAUUGGAAAUAAGCGAGUCUGCAGAGAGAGGUAACCAUUUCUCUAUCGAGGAGGCCCAUGAUGCGGAUAUAGGUCAAAAUGAUAUUCAAAAAUACACCCUUGAAAACAAUGAUAACUUUAUACUUGCUACUGAUAAGAAAAAGGUUCAAUUACUACUUGAAAAUAAGCUUGAUCGGGAGAAACAAGAGGAAAUCAAUUUACUUUUAACAGCAUCAGAUGGCGGAUCUCCGCAGAAAUCAGGUACUGUGGUCAUCCAUGUUAAAGUGCUCGAUGCUAAUGAUAACGCCCCAGUGUUUAGUCAGGAUGUUUAUAAAGCAACUGUGCUUGAAAACUCACCACCAGAAACAAUAGUGAUUAGUGUAAGCGCCGCUGAUGCAGAUGAAGGAGUAAAUGGACACGUGAGUUAUGACUUUGGUCAUAUGUCUACAGACGAUUUAGAUUUAUUUUAUAUUGAUCCAAAUGUCGGGGAAAUUAAAGUAAGGGGUGUGAUUGACUUUGAAGAAAAGAGUUCAUUUGAAAUAAGCGUUGAAGCCAAAGAUGGAUUAGGGCUUACCUCUUAUGCGAAAGUAUUAUUAGAUAUUAUUGAUGUAAAUGAUAAUGAACCGGCUAUUUUUGUUCAGUCCCUGUCCAAUCCCGUGCCUGAGAAUGUGUUACCUGGUACAGAGGUUGGAGUUAUUAACGUGCAGGACAGAGACUCUGAUAACAACGGGCAAGUUCGCUGCAGCAUUCAGGAAAAUGUAGUUUUUAAAUUAGUUCCUUCAAUUAAAAACUAUUACUCUCUUGUGACCACAGCACAUCUGGACCGUGAAUUAGUGUCUGAUUACAAUAUUACCAUCACUGCCGCUGACGAGGGCUCUCCGCCUCUUUCCUCUACUAAAACUGUUCAGUUAUCUGUAGCUGAUAUUAACGAUAACCCACCUGUGUUUCAGGAACAGUCUUACAGCGCAAAUAUUAAUGAAAAUAACAAACCUGGCUCCACUUUAUGUUCUGUUUCUGCUCGAGAUCCAGACUGGAGACAAAACGGUACAGUGAUUUAUUCUCUUUUACCUGCUGAAGUGAACGGUGCUUCUGUAUCAUCUUAUCUAUCUGUAAAUGGAGACACAGGGGUGAUCCAUGCUGUGAGGUCAUUUGAUUAUGAACAGUUCAGGAGUUUUAAAGUCUACGUAAUGGCGAGAGACAAUGGUUCUCCUCCACUCAGCAGCAACGUGACCAUCAGUGUGUUCAUAUCGGAUCUGAAUGACAACUCUCCUCAGAUUCUCUACCCCACCCUGGAAGGAACCUCCUUCAUGACAGAGCUGGUCCCUAAAGCCGCACAUGGAGGCUCUCUGGUCUCCAAAGUCAUAGCAGUGGACGCAGAUUCUGGACAGAAUGCCUGGCUGUCCUAUCAUAUAGUCAAAGCCACUGAUCCUGGACUUUUCAGCAUUGAUCUGCACAGUGGAGAGAUCAGAACACAGCGGGACAUUUUAGAAUCUGACAGCAUGAAACAGAACCUGAUUGUUGCAGUGAAAGAUAACGGACAGCCCUCUCUGUCUGCCACCUGUUCCAUGUAUUUACUUAUUUCCGAUAACUUGGCUGAGGUUCCAGAAUUAAAAGAUAUUUCUUCUGAUGAUAAGAGCUCCAAACUGACCUCAUAUCUAAUCAUCGCGCUGGUUUCUGUGUCCACCUUCUUUCUGACCUUCAUUAUUAUCAUCCUGGGUGUGAGGUUUUGCCACAGGAGAAAGCCUAGAUUGUUGUUUGAUGGAGCAGUUGCCAUUCCUGGCCCUUAUCUUCCCCCAAACUACUCAGAUGUUGAUGGCACGGGAACUUUACGCAGCGCUUACAAUUAUGACGCCUACCUAACAACAGGAUCGAGAACGAGUGACUUCAAGUUUGUAUCAUCCUACAAUGAUAACACGUUGCCUGCUGACCAGACUCUAAAGAAAAGCCCAUCAGACUUUGAGGAUAACCUAUUAACCCUGGAGACAUCCAAUAAGAAUGUGUGA